AUGACUCCUGACUGGACUGUAGCCGAAGUACAGGAGUUUGUUCCCCAGGGUUUUGACAAUUCGCACCUGGCUGCUCUUCAAGGAAAUGGCAACGGCCCUAUCACAUCUACGAGCCCGUUUGAUCCUUUCGUAACGACUUCGACUCCGCUAUCCGCAGGUGGAGCUGUUGGCCCUGUUCAGCCAAAUCCAUAUUCUCAUGACACUGCAGCGGCACUCGGUGGUGCUGCUUUCUUCCCUGGCGCAUCUGGCUUUCAACAACCUGUCCAAUACCAUCUGUACGCUCCUAUCGGCCCUCAUAGCCAGAACACUCUGGGGUAUCAGCGCAAUGUCCACGAUUUGUUCCUCCCUAAUGACUUCCGCGAGGAGCUGCAGAAGAAAGCGGCAGCCACGCUGCAAACACUGCCUAACACUCAAUUACCAGCUCAAAUUGAUUACUUUCAUUCUCUUGUCCCGCUGGACCUGAACCACCAGAAAAAUGCAACUAUUUUUGGCUUUCCGAGUUGGGUGUACAAAGCGCAAUCCAGCAAAGAUGGAAACUUUUACGCGCUCCGGAGACUAGAAGGGUUUCGGUUGACGAACGAGAAAGCGAUUCGAUCCGUCCAGGCUUGGAAGCGGGUGUGCAACGGUAGUGUGGUGACAGUCCACGAUGCGUUCACCAGUAGAAGUUUUCAGGACAGCUCGCUGAUCUUCGUUACCGACUACCAUCCUCUUUCAAAGACUCUCGCCGAACAGCACCUUGGCGCCGGCCAACAAAGAUUUCAAGGUCGUCACAAUGUGCACAUUCCUGAACAGAUUCUGUGGGGCUAUAUGACCCAGAUUGCCAACGCAUUGAAGGCUAUCCAUAGCAAUGGUCUUGCAGCCAGAGUCAUUGACGCAAGCAAGAUCUUAUUGACCGGCAAGAAUCGCAUUCGACUCAACGCCUGUGCGAUCAUGGAUGUGGUCCAGUUCGACAGCCAGCGUACAGUUGCCGAUCUUCAGCGUCAGGAUCUGGUCAAUUUCGGUCAACUCAUCGUCACCUUGGGUGCCAACUCGCCGACGGUCAUGCACAACCCUACGAAAGCUAUGGAGCACUUUACACGUGCUUACAGUCCGCAGAUGAAGAACUCUGUAUUUUGGUUGCUGAACGGCAUGCAGAAAGAUCAGGAUCGAAAUAUUGACGUUUUCAUCACUGGUAUAUCUUCGCAGCUCAUGUCCACUUUUGACUCGGCACUUCACUUGGAUGAUCAACUUACAUCGGACCUGAGCCGUGAACUGGAAAAUGGCCGGCUUGUGCGACUCAUGACGAAGCUGAAUCUCGUGAACGAACGGCCGGAAUAUGAGCAUGACAGGCAAUGGUCCGAGAAUGGAGAGCGCUAUUUCUUGAAAAUUUUCCGUGAUUAUGUCUUCCAUCAGGUGGACGCGCAGGGCGACCCCGUCGUCGAUCUGGGCCACGUUAUCGCAUGUUUGAACAAGCUGGAUGCGGGAACAGAAGAAAAGAUAACAUUGAUCAGCCGGGACGAGCAGAGCUGCUUCAUUGUCAGCUACAAGGAGCUGAAAAAGGCACUCGAAUCUUCCUUCCAGGCGUUGAUGAAGCCCGCAAGAAGAAUGCAUUGA